AAAAUAGGGGCCCUUCGUGGAAUAUGAAGUGCACCUCCUGCUCCAGGUUUUCCGAUCUCUAACCCUGGAUAACUGAGCAUGGCCCUGGGUCCACAGGAAGCCAACUAAGCCAACUCAACAAUGCAUCAGCUUUUCCGAUUGGUUUUGGGACAGAAAGAUCUUUCAAGAGCUGGGGACCUCUUCUCUUUAGAGGAUGCUGAAAUUGAAGACAGCCUGACAGAAGCUUUGGAGCAGAUUAAAGUAAUUAGCUCAUCUCUGGAUUACCAAACUAAUAAUAAUGACCAGGCAGUGGUCGAAAUCUGUAUCACCAGAAUCACAACAGCUAUCAGAGAGACAGAAUCCAUUGAGAAGCACGCCAGGGCCCUGGUGGGACUGUGGGAUUCCUGCUUGGAACACAAUCUGAGACCUGCAGGGAGAGACGAAGACACCCCACAUGCCAAAAUCGCAUCUGAUAUCAUGAGUUGCAUCUUACAGAAUUACAACCGGACCCCAGUGAUGGUCUUAGCUGUUCCCAUUGCGGUGAAAUUCCUCCACAGAGGUAAUAAGGAGCUGUGUAGGAACAUGUCCAACUAUCUGUCCCUGGCCGCCAUCACCAAGGCAGAUCUCCUGGCUGAUCACACUGAGGGGAUCAUUAAGAGCAUACUCCAAGGAAAUGCCAUGCUGCUAAGGGUGUUACCUGCUGUGUAUGAAAAGCAGCCUCAACCGAUCAACAGACACCUGGCGGAACUCCUGGCCUUGAUGUCUCAGUUGGAGCAGACAGAACAGUACCAUCUACUAAGGCUCCUGCAUGUAGCAACAAAGAGAAAAGACAUGGAGGUGGUUCAAAAAUGUGUUCCUUUCCUGAUCAGGCAUUUGAAGGAUUCAACCCACAAUGACAUAAUCAUAAACAUCCUCGUAGAAAUAGCAGGGUACGAGCCACUGGCUUUGAGUGAUUUUCUCCCGGUGCUGAAAGAGAUUGGAGAGAGAUUUCCCUACCUCACCGGACAAAUGGCAAGGAUCUUCGGUGCUGUUGGGCAUGUAGAUGAAGAGAGAGCCAGGAGCUGCCUGCGAUAUCUGGUAAGCCAGCUGGCUAACAUGGAGCAUUCGUUUCACCAUAUUCUCCUUCUGGAAAUUAAGAGCAUCACUGAUACCUUCUCCUCCAUCCUGGGCCCUCACAGCAGGGACAUCUUCCGAAUGAGCAACAGCUUCACCAACGUUGCCAAGCUGCUCUCCCGACAACUGGAAAACAGCAAGGCUGGGAAUGGCAGGAGAAAAAUCAACACUGAAGUUGGCUUUCCUGAGAAACUGGGAGAAGCCAAGACCACAGAGCCUGAAAGUGAAGACCAGGAAAAACUCCAAGUUAAAAUCCAAGCCUUUGAAGAGAAAAUAAGUGCUGAGAGCACUACCCCUGGCUCUGCGCGGAGAUACAGCUUAGACCACAGCUCUAAGGAAGAACGAAGAAACAUUGGAUUUAGCAGGUCCCGAAGUUUGGCUUUGAAUACAGUGUUCUCAAACAUUGUGAGUGCAGAAGGUGGUGAAGUGGAUGAGCGGGCAGGGAUGCAUGCCAGCAUCUCUCUUUCUGAAAUAGACCCACUUAGCCACGGAAUCGGCAAGUUGCCCCUUAAGAUAGACAUGCAUGGAUCACAGCUGAGAAACACCUCAGCUUCACACCCGACUAUUGUACAUAUAGAACCAGAGACUGUGCCUGAAAGUGUUAAAGAAAGCAUGCAGGAAGAAAUUCCAGAGACAGCCACAAGGCCUGCAGAAUACCAAGAUAAGCUCUACUUGCAUUUAAAGGAAAACCUCAGCGAAGUGAAGGCUUAUGCUGUGGAAAUCACAAGAAAGAUCCCAAUCCCAGACCAGUGCACCAUUGAAGAUACUAUGAGAAGCUGUGUGGCAAAGCUGUUCUUUACCUGUUCCCUAAAGGGUCAUUACUGCCUGUACAGCAAGUCCAGUUUCACCCUCAUCAGCCAAGCGCCCCAGCCAUGGAUCCAGAUCAUGUUUCUCUUCCAACAGAGCCUGUUUCCCGAACCCCUGUCCAUUCAGAGUGGGUCUGUACAGUUCCUCAAAGCCCUAUGGGAAAAGACACAGCCCAGAGGAACCCACAGCUUUGAAGUCGCCAUGACCGAGUCCACAUUUCCACACCAGAAGGAUCUGGACCAGCUUCAGCUCCAUCUGGAAGAAGUGAGGUUCUUUGACGUGUUUGGCUUCAGCGAAACGGCAGGGGCAUGGCAAUGCUUCAUGUGCAACAACCCCGAAAAGGCAACCGUUGUGAAUCAAGAUGGCCAGCCUCUCAUUGAAGGAAAACUUAAAGAGAAACAAGUGAGAUGGAAGUUCAUCAAGAGGUGGAAAACUCGUUACUUUACCCUGGCUGGAAACCAACUUCUGUUUCAGAAAGGAAAAUCUAAGGAUGAUCCUGAUGACUCCCCGAUAGAACUCAGCAAAGUACAGAGUGUGAAAGCUGUGGCCAAGAAACGCCGGGAUCGCUCUCUCCCUCGGGCUUUUGAAAUCUUCACAGACAAUAAGACCUAUGUUUUCAAAGCAAAGGAUGAGAAAAAUGCAGAAGAGUGGCUGCAAUGUAUCAAUGUGGCCCUGGCCCAGGCAAAAGAGAGGGAAAGCAGAGAAGUGACCACAUAUCUGUAGGGAUACAUACACCGCCUCUUAUGACCAUGCAUAAUAGGCGUUGCCAGAGUCAACAAAAAGAGAAAAACCACCAUGGCAUUACAGGGUUUCACCAAAUACCAGUGAAACCAUUAUCCCUAAGGAGAGCCUAAAAUGGCAGGGUUCUCAGUAAAUCUCACACCCUCGCAGCUCUCGUAUUUAACUCCAAGGUUUCUGCCUGAAGUACAUGAGAAAGAGAAGCCACAGAGUUUAUACCGGAACAUGUGGGUCAGGAAGGGAAAGUUAUAGACACACACAUAUAUGGAACUUCUGUAGCUAUGCGAUUUAUGACUGCAAGAAGACAAUAAGUGGGACCAGUAAGAAGGCUCAGCAGGUAAAAGACACUUGCAGUCAAGCCUGAUGGCCUGAGUUCUAGUCCCAUAGCUGAAUUGGUGGAAGAAGAGAACCAACUCAUGGCAGUUAUCCACUGCUCUCCGUAUACCAUGGUACAUUCAUGCCCCAAAUAAAUAAAUAAAUAAAUAAAUAAAUAAAUAAAUAAGAUUUUAAAAAUGUGCCUGAAAGAUCUACCUUGAAGGAAACCAGCACAUUAGAAACACAGUAUUUUAAAAAGCCA